GGGGCGGGUGUGGAACUUGGGACUCGGACCACCGGCUGGGCGGAGGCCUAAGGACUAGGGUCCGGCCCGCCCCCGCCGCGCCAUUGGCCGGGUCCAUAAAGAAAAGGGCCCGUGGCCUGGGGGACACCCGCAGUGUCACUGGGUAUAUCUCCACCGCGGAUAACCCGGCGGGUUAGGACUACCGGGAGGAGCAGCGGGAGGGUUCCUCUGGGUAUCUCCAGGCUAGUUUCCCAUCUCUGCCUCAGGGUCGGGGGAAGCGGCGAGUCCCGUGGCGGUAGCAGAGCGCGGGGUCGGUCUGGAGCGCCAUGAGCAGCCCGGAUGCGGGAUACGCCAGUGACGACCAGAGCCAGCCCCGGAGCUCGCAGCCCGCGGUGAUGGCCGGGUUGGGCCCCUGUCCCUGGGCCGAGUCCCUGAGCCCCCUCGCGGACGUAAAGGUGAAAGGCGAGGUGGUGGCGAGUAGCAGUGCGCCAGCCGGGACGUCGGGCCGAACCAAAGCGGAGUCUCGCAUUCGGCGGCCGAUGAACGCUUUUAUGGUAUGGGCCAAAGAUGAACGCAAGCGGCUGGCACAGCAGAACCCAGAUCUGCACAACGCAGAGCUAAGCAAGAUGCUAGGCAAAUCCUGGAAGGCGUUGACCUUGGCGGAGAAACGACCCUUCGUGGAAGAGGCCGAGCGGCUGCGCGUGCAGCACAUGCAGGACCACCCCAACUACAAGUACCGGCCGCGGCGGCGCAAGCAGGUGAAGCGCAUGAAGCGGGUGGAGGGAGGCUUCCUGCACGCUCUCGCCGAGCCUCAGGCCGGCGCACUUGGUCCCGAAGGCGGCCGCGUGGCCAUGGAUGGCCUGGGUCUACCUUUCCCGGAGCCCGGCUAUCCGGCCGGCCCACCGCUGAUGUCCCCGCACAUGGGCGCCCACUACCGCGACUGCCAGGGACUGGGCCCGUCCGCGCUCGACGGCUACCCUCUGCCCACUCCGGACACAUCCCCGCUGGAUAGCGUGGAGCAGGACCCGGCUUUCUUUGCAGCCCCGUUGCCAGGGGACUGCCCGGCGGCUGGAGCCUAUACUUAUGCUCCGGUCUCGGACUACGCGGUUCCCGCAGAGCCACCCGCUGGCCCCAUGCGAGUGGGGCCCGACCCCUCCGGCCCUACGAUGCCGGGGAUCCUGGCGCCCCCCAGCGCUCUGCACCUGUACUACGGCGCGAUGGGCUCGCCCGCGGCGAGCGCCGGGCGCGGUUUCCACGCGCCGCCCCAGCAGCCAUUGCAACCGCAGGCACCGCCGCCGCCACCACCGCCGCCGCCGCCGCAGCAACACCCGGCGCACGGCCCGGGGCAGCCUUCGCCCCCUCCAGAGGCUCUGCCCUGCCGAGACGGCACGGAACCCAACCAGCCCACUGAGCUCCUAGGGGAGGUGGACCGCACGGAAUUCGAACAGUAUCUGCACUUUGUGUAUAAGCCCGAGAUGGGUCUUCCCUACCAGGGACAUGACUGCGGUGUGAACCUCUCAGACAGCCACGGAGCCAUUUCCUCCGUGGUGUCCGACGCUAGCUCAGCGGUUUACUACUGCAACUACCCUGACAUUUGACGGUUGCCGACCCGACCUUCGGGCCAGAAGCAGUGUUACACACUUCCUGGAAACGCUAAGGAAAUCCUUAGCGUCAAGCUGUUUUGUUUUUAAGUUGCGUUGGCAUAUAAUUUAUGGUAAUUUAUUUUGUCUGCCACUUGAACAGUUGAGGGGCUACAUGAGAUUUUUUUUUUUUGUUUCAGAUGCCUUGAGGGACUUGCUCCCUACAACCACUGUCCAGUUUUUUGCCAGUUUUUAAUAUCUCACCAACUUAAUUCCAUUUCUUGAAAGUGUCUUGAUCCAAAGAAAUUUUGUCAUGCGUGCUUUCUCGAUCCUAAAUAAAUCCUGGAAUCUAUUAAAAAUCUCUAUCACAUUGGUUUUAUCAAAUUAAUUUAAAGAUCAACAGUAAAUAUUAUACAAUUAGAAGUGUAAAGCUAAUUGUAAAAUUUCUAUUUUCUUACAAUGGUACACCUAAAUGCAUUUAAGAAACUCUAAAUACAAACAGCGGGAUGUUCAAAUGUGAUGUAUUUGUUCUCCUAAAAAAAUUUUUAUAGAAUGAACUUGCUAUGUACAUUCAAAAAUAUUGGUUUCUAAAAAUAAUACUGUAAAUGUUUUAAAUUCUGUACAUAUGAGGCUUUGAACAUAAGGCUGUUCAAAGAUUCCAGUUUUUCAGUCAUCUUGAUACCUGCCAAAAGAGUUUUCAGAUAUAACUGUUUUUUGUCUUUCGUCUUUUCUUCCAAAAAGUCUUGAUCCCUCUUUUCACAAAAUUUGCCUUUAAUUCCCACAUUUUUAGAGUCAGAGAAACUAAU